GGAGCAGGAGGAGGAAGAGGACAGGUCUCCACAUCUCCAGACAGUCCGACCAAGACACCGGAGCCGACUUUAUGCAUGGGGAGGGCGGCCCCGCCGGCGCACGCUUGUCUGCUACAUUUACGCUGACAGUCUCGUGUUAAUUGGUGAUGUGCUUUAAAGACUUCUGGAAGAGAUAAAGGGAAACUUGCCGUCGUCUUUCCGUCCGGACGUUGCGCAUUUAGUAGAGAAUACUAGCUUAACAGCAACAGUCCCUCGUUAAAUAGUAAAAAGGGGAAGUGUUAUUGUAGAUAUUUCUCUCAGGCGCAGUUAGUAAAAUUACAUGGAGUGAAGUUGAGUCACGUCGGAUAGGGAUCCUGAUAUAUACGCGACCCGAUCACGUUUAGAGAAUGUCCGACUCGUCUUGGAUCAAGCUUUAUCCUCAUAGCAUGGUCCAAUAAUUUGGAAGACACAGAGAGAGAAAGAGAAAGCGCGAGAGAAACAGAAAGUAAGAAACAGAACUCGAGAAAAAAAAUAGGACUUUCGGGACAUUUCGAGGUGUGUUUGCCUCACACAUCCAGGUGUCCCGCCGAGCGGUGCGCGGUCUCCAGCUCAGGCAGGGAGCGCUGACAUGCUGCCUAAAGUCGAGACUGAAUCUUUGGGACUCACUCGAUCGUAUGGGGAACAGGGGCACCUGCCAAGAAACGUGCAAGCCUCCCAGUUAAAAAUGAUGGACUACUCCUAUGACGAAGACCUGGACGAGAUGUGUCCCGUUUGCGGAGACAAGGUUUCCGGGUAUCACUAUGGACUCCUGACCUGCGAAAGUUGCAAGGGCUUCUUCAAGCGCACCGUCCAGAACAACAAGCGCUACACAUGUAUAGAGAACCAGAGCUGCCAGAUUGACAAGACCCAGAGAAAGCGCUGCCCGUACUGCCGCUUCCAAAAGUGCCUCACUGUCGGCAUGAAACUAGAAGCUGUGCGAGCUGAUCGCAUGCGUGGUGGUCGUAACAAGUUCGGCCCAAUGUACAAACGUGACCGUGCCCUCAAGCAGCAAAAGAAGGCGCUGAUCCGAGCAAACGGCCUUAAGAUUGAGGCCAUGAGUCAGGUGAUGCAAGCUGUACCCACUGACCUCACUAUUUCCUCAGCCAUUCAGAACAUUCACUCAGCCGCCUCCAAGGGCCUUCAGCUGAGCCACCACGCUGGCCACCACAGCAGUCACCAUCACCACCAUCACCAUCAUCACCAUGCUACAGCCUUGCCUCCUACAGACUACGACCGUAGCCCUUUUGUUACUUCUCCUGUCAGUAUGGCAAUGCCGCCACAUGCAGGCAGCCUGCAGGGCUACCAGGCGGCCUACGGACACUUUCAGGGCACGCGCACCAUCAAGUCAGAGUACCCCGACCCAUACACCAGCUCGCCAGAAUCCAUCAUGGGCUACGCUUAUGUUGACGCCUACCAGUCCGGCUCGCCGCCCAGCUUCCCCCACCUGAUAGUAGAGCUGCUAAAAUGUGAACCCGAUGAACCACAGGUUCAGGCAAAGAUCCUGGCCUAUCUACAGCAGGAGCAAGCCAGCAGAGGCAAACACGAGAAGCUCAACACAUUUGGGCUGAUGUGCAAGAUGGCCGACCAAACACUCUUCUCUAUUGUGGAGUGGGCACGCAGCAGCAUUUUCUUCCGUGAACUUAAGGUGGAUGACCAGAUGAAGUUGCUGCAGAACUGCUGGAGUGAACUCCUCAUCCUCGACCAUGUUUUCCGGCAGGUGGUGCAUGCUAAGGAGGGUGCCAUCCUGUUGGUCACAGGCCAGCAGGUUGACUAUGCGGUGAUUGCUUCACAGGCGGGUGCCACGCUCAACAAUCUGUUGAGCCAUGCCCAAGAGCUGGUAUCCAAACUCCGUUCCCUGCAGCUGGACCAAAGGGAGUUUGUUUGCCUCAAGUUUUUGGUCCUAUUCAGCCUCGACGUGAAGAACUUAGAGAACUUCCACCUGGUGGAGAGCGUCCAGGAGCAGGUAAACGCAGCGCUGCUGGACUACGUCAUGUGCAACUAUCCCCAGCAGACCGACAAGUUUGGCCAGCUGCUCCUUCGGCUGCCGGAGAUCCGAGCCAUCAGCCUGCAGGCCGAGGAGUAUCUUUAUUACAAACACCUGAAUGGCGACGUGCCCUGCAACAACCUGCUAAUUGAAAUGCUGCACGCAAAAAGAGCUUAACAGCCGGACUGCCCCAGCUCUUUCGGCAACUGCAAGGACGUUUGUAAAAAACUCAACAUGUUCUUUUUCCAAACGCAAACCUUGAGCUUGACUGCGAAGAUGAUAAAGGUGGGAAGCAUAAAGUGUCACAAACUCAUAUUUAUACUAGGCUCGUUAAGAACUUGAACAGUCAGUGACUCAGUGUGCAUAGACAAACAGCAUUUAGAUCACUUUAUUGUAAAACAUUUAAUAAAAAUAAAAAAGACUGCAGGAAGACUGUUAUCUUCAAAUGAGUUAUCUUCAAAUGAACUGCAGAUGAGGACCAUGUUAAAGGGCAAAAAAGAAAGAAAAACAUUUGAAACAAACUCCACAUUUGACACUACAUGGUGAUUUCUGCUCGACCAUGAGACUGUAGGGCUUCUGAAAAUAAUAAAAGGUGGAUCCGUGCUGAGAAAAGGAAGCCGAAUAACACUGCCCAUUUUUCAGACAGCUUUUGUAGCAACAGGUCGACGAUACUCCUGUGUGUUCUCCCUCUGAAACUGGGCUUUGGCUGUCGUCGGUACUGUAAAGUCAAAUGGACACGCAGGCAACCAGGCAAGUGACUCUAUUUUCUGACCUCCCACAUGACGCCUGCAAGAGCAGCUCGAACCAACAGAGAAGGUAAAAUAAUGAAAGGUUGAAAGAAAGGAUCACUCACCGAUGAACAAAAAAACCGAAGGAGGAAAUCCAUUUUUUUUUCUAUCAGAAAUUGUUUGCUCCUCAUGGUCCCCUUUUGUUCCCAUCUUAUUCCACAUUCUCAGAAUCAUCUCUAACUAUUUACAUCAAAAAGACCAGCAUUAGAUAAGUCCUCUAAAUAAAGACAGCAUAAAUAAUUACACUCAUAGCCCCAUUUUCUUUUUCCUGCAACAAACACACUUUUUAUUAUUUCACCAAACCUGCAACAAAACAUGUCAUGAUUCCGGAGAUGGAGACAGAUCGAUCCUGCCUUUCCCCUAAAAAACCAAAGUCUGCGGUAGAGGAUAGGAAGGAAAUGACAAAAAAAAAAAGGUAAUAAUCAGUGUUACAAGCGGAAAAGAAAAAACAAUUGUGAUGUCACAUUUAUGUGAGUCUUGCCUUAUUUCAUUACCAUGCUAGCUAACCGUGCAGAUGUGAAUGAAAAUAUGUACAAAUAUAUAAAUAUAUAUAUAAAGUAUUAAUGUUGUAAAAAAUAAAAAAAAGAAUAAUUCAACAGGUGUUUACAUUCAUGUUGUCAUAUGUGAAAGAACUGAGAUGAAGCUUAAUUUGCAAAUCAAUGAUUUCCUAAAAAAAAAAGUGAAAUCAUCAAAAUGAAGAAAAGAGUUUCUCUCUGUUUUCUUUGGUUUGUGUACAGUGUUUACUCUUAUUUUAUUUCUCUAUAACAGUACUUAAAUUAUGUCGUGAGACACUAAAAUCAAAGAGGAAUCACACCGUUUCAAUUUUUUAUUAGCAAUGCUGUCUAAUGAUUGUGUUUCCCUCUCAGCAUUUUAUUUGUAAAUCCCUUUUUUAUUUACAAUUCUUUCAAUUUGUUGAUGUACAGUAUGUCACUGGUUACGCUUACUAUUGAAGAUAAUUUAUUGCGUCGCUGGGUCUCCAUCUUUGUGUUACAUGACGUGAGGUGUCCACGCCAAAAUAAAUUUGUUUACUGUA